UCAAUAACAAGAUUUUCUCAAUAGUGAUCCAAAAGGCAAAUCUGGAAAACACAAUACGCUCAAGAUUUGAGAGCCAAAAAGAAAAUAGUAGAAAAUGAUUUCUGGAGUGACCUCUUGUUUCCCGAAUGUGACACAAGGCUCAAAAAUGUAUUCUCUGACCGAGGAUGUUGUUUCAUCUUCUAUGGAAGUAAGUUCAGGGCCAGAUACUCACUCUAAUUCUCUUCUUUACACUCUUUCCUUGCUUAAAGAGAAGGUCCAUCAGGUUCAAUCUCUGGUGGGGAUUCUCAUCUCCCCAGAUCAUCAAAAUCAGCCUGAGUCAACCUCCAUAGCUGUGGCCAACAUGGGGUCUCUAGUUCAAGAAAUAAUCGUGGCGGCAUCUUCCAUGCUGUUCACUUGCCAGCAGAUGACUGUCGGAUCCCCUUCAGGUAACAAUAACACCAAUAUUGAAUUGCACCAACAUCAUGAUGUUAAAGUUGCUGAUGCAACAGGAUUAUCGCAACCAAAUAAUUUUGAUGGCAACAUUAACAAUCGUUUUGCUAGCAUCGGCCAAGAAAGAGGACAACAAGGUUUCUAUUCUACUGUGAGUUUUGACUGGUAUGGUGACAAUAUUUACAACUGUGGUACGAACGAUAAUAAUAGUCAAGGCAUGAAUAAUUUGAGCAACAACAAUAGAGUUGAAACCGAUUUAAAUGAAGCGGGGGAAUUGUCUCGAGGCGUUGAGAUUAGUGAGGGUCAUGAAGGAUCACAGGGGCCUUCGGCAAGCAGUUAUGAUAUCAUCGAAUUGAAUGCGGCCGAUUUAUUAGCCAAGUAUACACAUUAUUGUCAAGUUUGUGGCAAGGGUUUCAAGAGAGACGCAAAUUUGAGAAUGCAUAUGAGAGCUCAUGGUGAUGAAUACAAGACUAGUGCAGCCUUGACCAAUCCUUUGAAGAACAUGAAUGGAACAAUGGGAAACAAGGAGUCUACCAUGAAAAUUACUAGGAAAUAUUCAUGUCCGCAAGAAGGGUGUAGGUGGAACCAGAAACAUGCCAAGUUCCAACCAUUGAAAUCAAUGAUUUGUGUGAAGAAUCACUACAAGAGGAGCCAUUGCCCCAAGAUGUAUGUUUGCAAGAGAUGCAACAGGAAGCAAUUCUCGGUGCUUUCUGAUCUUCGGACUCAUGAAAAGCACUGUGGGGAUCUCAAAUGGCAGUGCUCAUGCGGUACCACAUUCUCCAGGAAGGAUAAGCUAAUGGGGCAUGUUGCUUUGUUUGUUGGGCACACCCCAGUCAUCAAUGCUAACUUGAAGAAGCCCGGAAAACUACUGGACCACCAAUUACCACGAAUAUGCAACUAGAUGGGGUUGAUCAAUAAUGCGGAGCACUGGCCAGUAUGGCUUCCAUUCUCCAUGGAAAAGGUAUUUGUUGCUCUUUUUGUGAGCUCAUGUACGAGCCCUAAAGUAUAAGAGUACUUUUCUUUUGCUUUAGUGAUAUACUCUUAUAUAUUGUAUAAGAACGCAUACUGAAAUAUGGUCCUAGUUUAUACAUUAUGAAAGCUUUUGUAUAUAUAUAAUUACAAUACUAUAUCACUGGAUUAAUGUUACGUAUAUCUAUUUUGA